GGUCAUCCCCGCCUCUUCAGCCUACUGGCAAGGAGGUGGGAGGAAAUAAGGAAGAGAGGGAGGAGGCAGGACAGAGGGAGGGACUGCCCGGGAGGCAGAAGCUCUGCGAGGAGCCGCGGAGCACCGUAGGCUGAGCAGUAAUCAGCUACCUUUAUCCCUAGCCCCCUGCGCCCCGCGCCCUUGGCAGCCUUCAACGCUUGUCCCCAGGCAGUAUGGUGAGGUCUGCUCUGGGUCCCUCGCCACCAUGUACGUGAGCUACCUUCUGGACAAGGACGUGAGCAUGUACCCUAGCUCCGUGCGCCACUCCGGCGGCCUCAACCUGGCGCCGCAGAACUUUGUCAGUCCCCCGCAGUACCCGGACUACGGUGGUUACCACGUGGCGGCCGCCGCUGCUGCGGCGGCGAACUUGGAUAGCGCUCAGUCCCCAGGGCCAUCCUGGCCCACCGCGUACGGCGCCCCUCUCCGCGAGGACUGGAAUGGCUACGCACCCGGGGGCGCUGCCGCAGCCAACGCGGUAGCCCACGGCCUCAAUGGUGGCUCCCCGGCCGCCGCUAUGGGCUACAGCAGCCCCGCCGAAUACCACGCACACCAUCACCCGCAUCAUCACCCUCACCAUCCGGCCGCUGCGCCGUCCUGCGCCUCCGGAUUGCUGCAGACGCUCAACCCCGGCCCUCCAGGGCCCGCAGCCACCGCCGCCGCAGAACAGCUGUCCCCCAGCGGCCAGCGGCGAAACCUUUGUGAAUGGAUGAGGAAGCCAGCUCAGCCGUCCCUAGGAAGCCAAGUGAAAACCAGGACGAAAGACAAAUACCGGGUGGUGUACACAGACCAUCAGCGGCUGGAGCUGGAGAAGGAAUUUCACUAUAGUCGAUACAUCACCAUCAGGAGGAAAGCUGAGUUGGCCGCCACACUCGGGCUCUCGGAGAGGUUAAAAUUUGGUUUCAGAACCGCAGAGCCAAGGAAAGGAAAAUCAACAAAAAGAAGUUGCAACAGCAGCAGCAGCAGCAGCCUCCCGCACCGCCGCCACCACAGCCUUCCCAGCCUCAGUCCGGUGCAUUGCGGAGCGUGCCGGAGCCCUUGAGUCCUGUGACCUCCUUGCAAGGCUCGGUGCCUGGUUCUGUUCCUGGGGUUCUGGGGCCAGCUGGAGGGGUUUUAAACUCCACUGUCACCCAGUGACCCCUCCUGUGGCCUGAAGUGGCGGUGGCUCAGCAAUCCCAGGCUGAGCCAUGAGGAGCACGGACACUGUGAGAAACCUCAGAAGAGACCCCUCUUCUCCUACCCACAAACAACACCUACAGAUGGAGAUCGAGGACAGAGGGCAGAAGACGAGUGGGAUUGUGGACCUCAGGAGAAGAUAUGGUUUAGAUUUUUUUUUUUAAAUUUUUCCCGUUCUGACUUUUCCUGUCAGCAAAGGAAGUGAUUCCUGGGGCUUCUUCAUUCAUGCUCCUUGCCAGGACUGGCUACAGGCACCAAGCUUUCAGCUUCUUUUGCCUCAGCUCUUUGCCUCCAAAAAAAAAGAGACUGUAUUUCUGUUUGGAGCUGAGGAGAGAUAGAGUGUGAGGCCGGAGUUGGGGGUUGGGGCGGGCGGGGCAAGCAACACUUGAGCCAAGAUGGCUGUUUCCUGCUGACUGCUUUCUGAGAACCAGCUGGCCAUCCUGCCUCAGGGGCAGGGACUGUUGAAACUACUGAGCCAGAGGCAGCUAAGACAGAAAGCUGGAUUGACCGAAGUCUGCAGAACCUUCCCCCCCUCAGGUGGUCUGUGCUUUCUUCUCUGUCCACAGAUCAGGAAGGGGUGGUGGGUUCAGGGACCAUCGUGUGAGAGGAGGGGGGGUGGUUAGCCAACUCCAGGCCCCUGCGACAAGGGCUUGUUUAGAAAGCCUGUCACCAGAGCUGCUGUAGGCUGAAUGUAUGUCUGUGUCGUAAAUGCCAGAGCCAACCUGGACUUCCUGUCCCUUCCCUCGUCUUUGGCUGAAGAAGACCGGAAUUGCUGCUGUUCGAGUCACUGGUCUGUGUAACAAGCCAAACAAGCCUUUUAAAAAGCCUUCUGGAUCCAUGGGUAGAGAGAGAGAGUGAGAGACGUUGUAUGGUGAAGGGAAGUGGGGAGGGGGAUAUCUGAACACAGUUGACUUUUAUUUUGUAAAAAGACAAAAGAUAUAAAAGGAGCUUUACAGAUUUCA